AGAGUAUUCGAUAUUUCCCGUAGCAAGCUUAUCGAUACUGGCGUCGACGACUUGCCAUCACCAUCUGUCUCUUCCUUUUUGGCGGCGUGAUUGGAAGAAUAUUUUUCGUUUAACAACUUGGACUUAUUUUGUAGUUAAAUAAAAGUGUAGUCGUAAAAAUAAAGUGUUUUCCGGCGGAUCGUGCUGAGUUUUGAUCAAAAUGAUUGCCGACGACAGCGGAAUAAGGCACUUCGAUCGCAAGUUUGUGGCGUCCCAUCUGCAGAAUCUUCUGCGCUGCCCAAAAUGUACAAACUGUUUUACUUACUCGUUCAAUAAGAACCAAGGAGAAGAAAGUUAUCGUCCCUUUCUACUGGCAUGUGGUCAUAGUCUCUGCGAGAGCUGCUUGUGGAGCGAUCGGCGGGAUCCGAAGUGCGCCGUGUGCCAGUGUCCUGCUCCUCCCACGAUCAUGGCCAGGAGUCCGGCCAGCAAGUCGUCCGCCAAUAUGCGCGACUACUACGAACUGAACUACCACGUGCUUGGUGAGACCAGCAGCCUCAGUUGCUUCCGCCGAUUCGCCACGGACUCAGCAAACCAAUCGCUGAGCCUCAGCUCGAUCAGCAAGGAGAUUGUCCAGUCCGCCAAGUGCAGCGAGUGCGGAAAUGCCAUUGCCAGCGGAGAGUGCAGGCGGUGCAAUGCCUUCUACUGCCGCCGUUGCUUCGAUGCCGUCCACAAUCACAGUCGCGUGCUAAAGUCGCACGUUUUCCACAAGUCAACGGAUCUGGGCACUAUCUCCAGCAAGGGACUGCAAGUGGGCGAUCAGUACUUCACAUUGCCGGGUCAGAACCUUUGCUUUCAGCACCGAAUGCUGAAAGACAAGUACUGUGUGCAGUGCCACCGAUCCCACUGCCGAAGUUGCUCCAACAUAUAUCAUGGCGGGCACCGCAUACGGCCGCUGGUCGAGAUUAAUCAGCGCUAUGCUUCCGAGAUUCCAACAUCUUUAAACUCACUCAACUCGGCCCUUUUAAAUAUCGUGAAUGGCAAGGAGGUGGUUCGAGCGGCCAAGCAAAAACUGAGCGACUAUGCCGCCGAAACGCUGGCCAGCAUUUCCAAGCGGUUUUCCCACCUGCACGGCCUUCUCCAGGUGGCCGAGCUGCAGGUCAUCGAGAAGCUGCGCGAGUCCAGUUGGCCGCCGCAGAUGAAACUCAACGAAGCCAUGGGCCAGCUGGAUGGCUACGAAGCUGUCAUCAAGCGAUUAAAAAGGAAUUUGGAAAGUGGAGCAGACAACAACUUGGGCGUACCCAGCGAUGUCUCGCUAAACUGGCUGCUCAAGCUCAUUUGCGAACAUAUCGAGAAGAUGCCCACAACUGUGCGGGUCAGCAAGAUCGAGGAAAAUCCUUACCGCGUUACCUGCAGUAGAUUCUUGGACAUGUCCAACAUAUUCAAGUGCGAGUUUGUGGACCCCAAUAUACAAGUUUGUUUCAAGACCGACUUCGAGAGCAGUCGUAGGCUUUCAUCGUCGCCCAAGUCCUCCAGCGGUGGCAGGGAAAACUUUCGUCCACUUUCAGCCAAUCGUAUAUCAACCCAAAAGUCGAAGCUGAACCCAAACCAAAUGUCACAGAACCAAAAUGUCGCCAGUCUAAAUUCAUCCGCCGCCAUUGUCGAUGACUUUCCAGAUAUUCUCCACAACUUCUCGGCAUUGGUAUUCAUCAAGCCCAAUAAAACGGCUGAGGACAGCAGCGAUUGGUUCAAGACCGAUGCACUGGUCAGGGUGCGCUCGGUACACUCCCCGGAGGAUUUCUAUGUGCAAAGCAUCCAUGCCGCCCAGCGAUUGCAGGAGGAGAUGGAUACCUUUACGCAGCCACUUUCGGGCAGCUGCUCCGUUCCGCCAGCUAUCGUGGUGGGUCAGCACUACAUUGUGCACCGCAAGGAUCAGGACCGAUUCUAUCGCGCCAUGGUCAGCCAAAAGCUGACCACUCGAGGUGUUUACAAAGUUUUCCUGCCGGAUAUGGGCCUCUACCUUAAUGUCCACAGUGGCGACUUCCGUGUGGUGCCGGAGCGUCUAUCCCACCUGCCGUACUCCGUCCUACACUGCAGCCUAAGGGAGUUGAUGCCUGGCCAUGGUGGAUCCGAGUGGGGCACUAAAGCGAGCGGCUUCCUUAAGCAGAUAGUGCAGAACAACCCCGUGCAUCUGAUCGUCAAUAAAGCCCUGACCCAUGAACUGCAUGAGGUGGACCUGAUCACCAGCAACUACAACACCAGCAUCUCCGUGCGCGAUUCUUUUCUAUACUCUGGCCUGGCGCGCUCACGCUGCGACCGGGAGUCAGCUAUGAGUCCUCAAUGGCUGCAGCCUGCUCCUACUGCGCUUCGUCUACCCAGGAUGUCGUUUCAAUUCGGAGACGUGCACAUGAUCCAGAUGCUGCACGUGGAGGACCCGCAGGAGUUUUAUGUCAUGCGCCACGAGAACGAGGAAAAGCGCUCGUUGUUGCAGGCCAGCCUGCAGGCGGCCAUGGAGCGCAUUAGCAUAAGCCAGUUGCAAAACAUCUUUCUUGGACGGCUGCGUCUCGGUUGCGUGCUGCAGUCGGAUGGACAGUGGAAGCGUGCUAGCAUUGAGCAGAUCCUUGCCGACGGAUAUGUUCUGGUGCGCCUGGUGGACGAAGGUCCGAGCCAGAAGGUUUUCUGGAAUCAAUUGUUUGUGCUGCCUCCGAAUUUUUGGGAUACAGGGCUGGCCAUCAAGUGCUGCCUGGCGGAUGUGGAGACCUGUGCAGAGCAUUCCUAUAUGUGGACUCCAGAAGCAACGACCUGCUUUAAGCAGCUGACCUCAAAUCCAAAACUUUACAUGGAAGUUAUUCGUGCGACGACGGAUGUGGUCUACGUGGCAUUAAACUUUGUCCGCUCCAACUCGGAAACCACAAGUGUUGGAGUGCAACUAGUGGCCCAAGGAUAUUGUACCUCCAGCGGGGAGAGCAGUAGGACGAUCAAUCCACCCGAGUCCACACGAUCUGUGCGUCUUGAUGUGGAAACCCAGAAGUUUCUUGCACAGCAAAGGGACCGGCCAGUGGUGGAAGUGUCACCUUACCAGAAGCACGAUAAUACCGAGCGCAACAAACGAACAACUGUCCGUGUUCUUCACGUUCGGAAGCCCGAUGAGUUUUACGUGACCUUGCCCCAUUUCGAGCCAGCCAUCCUUACCUUGCAGAAGUCGGUGCAGAAAGCAGCUGCCGCAAUGUACCAGAAUAUGGUGCCCAGAAGCAAUUGGCAGGUGGGCGACAUGUGUUAUGCGCGGGUUCAAGCCAAAUGCGAUUCGCUGGUUUUAUGGCAUCGGGGAAUCGUCAGAAAAGUCAUACAACCUGGUAUUACUUCCCAAAUGGUACGCUGCCAUGUGCAGUUGAGGGAUUUGGGUGAGCUAGUCGAGGAUGUGCCCAGUUCGUCUCUGGCCAAUAUCGAUGAGGCGAACAUGCGCAUUUCAAGCAGCGCAAAGCGUUGUCACCUACACGGAAUUCGGGCUACUGGUGAUGAAUGGUCAAAAGACGCCAUUGAAUUCUUUAUGGAUCAGUUGCAGGCUUAUGACGAUAUUCACGUGACAGGAUUCGGGCAUGCGGAAAACUCUUUGAGCGUUGUCCUAUGGGGUUCCCUCUCCAUAGUCAGUGGAGCCUUUUCGCCCGCUCGUAUAAAGUACGUUAAUAUCAACAAGGUUCUCCUGAUGGCCGGAAUGGCACAGAAGGAUCUCAACCUCAACUUUGAUAACGAAGACCAGCAAUCGAUGCCGGAAAAUGUAAGCGUGAGCUUCGCAGAAACUGCGAAAUCCAUUGACUUUGAGAUCUAUAGAGACCAAAGUGAUAGAAUUACGAAGACUAAAAGCCUAAGCCCCAUUGAUUCGCCAGGGCUGAAAGCCGGCUUCGAGCACAACGAGGACAUGCCGCCGCUAGAACUGCUCGAGGAUUUGGGAAAGACCAGGACUACAACGGGCGAGGAAACACCACCCGCGGCUUGGAUUACCCGACGUAAGUGCGAUAAGGCCAUUUUCACGGCUAUCGCCACCAAUGUGACCUACGAAUGCUGCAUAUACUUGACUCUCGCCAGCGAUAAGCCCUUCAUCGAGCACAUGCGCAACCUGCUGGUACGGGAAUACAAGCCACUAAUGGAAAAGCAACAGCGAUCCACCUGCCAUGCAUACAAAGUGGGGCAAGCGGUGGUGGUCACCUAUCACAUGGACAACCUGAUCUACCGAGGAAUAGUACAGCGUCUGGAGAACAAUCACGAUGAGUACACAGUGUACUACGUGGAUUACGGCAACAUGGAGCUGGUCAAGGCCGAUGAACUGCUUCCAUAUGCUCCGUUCCCGGACCUGAACGCAAUGUGUUUUCUGGUGGAGAUUCACGGAGUGCGAUCAAAACGAGGAAAGUAUUCUGUACAGGAAAUGGAUACCGUCCACCGCACUUUGGUCAUGAAGCUGAGCAGUGUCCGUAUUGUGGAUGCCGAAACAGUGGGUGUGAACAAGCUGCCCACAUGCCAGAUCAAGGUGGGCAAUGUUGACAUUGGCACCAUGAUGAUAGACUGCAACAUGUCCGUACCUAUCGAAAAGCAGCCAAUCAAAAAAAAAACUCUAUAUUUACCUUUACAAAAAGCUCUCGAGGAGUUCAAAGUAUUUGACGAGCUUGACAACCUGGCCUCCGGGGAGGGAGAACUAUCAGAAGAAGAAGCUCCGCGCACCCAGCGUAAGCAAGGAAGCAUUUCAUCGGUUCAGCAACCGCCCAUUAAGAAAAAAUUCCUAGUAGAUCAGAAGGAGGUUGAAGCCUUUAACUGUGAUCAGGAUUUUGAUUGCCAGCAAGCCGCACAGAAAAUGUCCCUCAACAAUAGUUUUUAUUUCAGCGACUUUGGCAAAUACGCUGGUGAAACAGCAGCCGAUGGAUCAGAUGAUAAGCUGUACUCAAAUUCCUCUGAAAAUAUGGAAAUGGAAGUCUUUGCCAACAAUGAUGGCAGUCAGUUAGAGCCUCUAAAUUCCCUCGCCGCCGAUCAGUUGAGGCGCCGCAUUGCUUUGCGUCAAAAGGAAAUGAAGGCGAACAUUAGCUUUUCGCCUAUGGACUCCUCGUCGGUGAGGUCUUUCUACGACGGCAGUGGGAGCUUCAAAACCCUAAACCUUCCCAACGGAGUAAAACAGUUCCAGUGCACGGUGGACAACGUACUAUCGCCCACGGAGCUGCAGAUCGCCCCAUGUCUUUCGGAGUUUACCAAGUACGAGAUCGGGCUGAUCCAAGAGACGAGCACCUUGAUCAAGGACACGGAACCACUGAAGAAGCCAAGGAUAGGCGACUUGUGUCUGGCCCGCUAUUCGAGGGAUAAACAGUGGUACAGGGCCAUAAUCAAGGAGAUUCCUCCAAUCGUAUCUCCAACCAGUGAGCAAGCCACGGUAUUCUACAUUGAUUUCCAUGACACCGAAAGUGUUUCGUUUAACCACCUAAAAGUAAUGCCCAGUCGGUUGUUUAUGUUCCCCUUGCGCUCUUUCCGCGUCAAAUUGCACGGCGUUAAGAAAAACAAGAAUUUCGAAGACAAAUCAGUGCGCCAGGCACUGCAGGCCUGCCUCUGCAGACAUCCGCUGCUUUUUGCCCGGGUACACUAUCCUCUCAACUAUCACGCCAACAAUGUUGACCGCUCUAAUGGCGAGUCCGAUCUCAUCGAAGUGGAGCUUUUCGAGAACAGGCACAGUAAGAAGCUCGUGUACCAAUCUUUGUGUGAAAAUUGGAUGUUCCUGACAAGAACCUAA